AUGAAGGUGCAUGUUGGACCGGUUGGUAGUGUUCAUAAUAAAGCUAGAGAAGCUGCUACAAAUUUGAUGAAUCAAAAUACACAUAUUGAAACGGCUGUGAGCAAACACUCCGAACAAGCUCGUGUGGCAUAUCGAAGAUGCUUAAUUGCUUCAAUCAAGUGCAUUAAGUUUCUAUUGAGACAAGGUCUUUCUUUCCGUGGAAAUGAUGAAAGUGCCACUUCAAGCAAUAGGGGAAAUUACUUGGAGCUAUUGCAAUUCCUUGCAGACAAUGAUGAGAAAGUUAAAGAAGUUGUGUUGGAAAAUGUUCUGGGGAAUCUCAAGUUAGUAGCUCCAAAGAUUCAAAAAGAUAUUGUCAAUGCAUGUGCCGGGGAAACACUUGAUGUUAUCAUGAGUGGUUUAAAAGAUAGAUUAUUUUCUAUAUUGGUGGAUGAAGCACGUGAUAUUUCUGUGAAGGAGCAAAUGGCUAUGGUGUUGCGUUAUGUGGACGACAAAGGGCAUGUAAUUGAAAGGUUUGUGGGGGUUCAACUUGUUACCGACACCACUUCAAGUUCACUAAAGGAUGCCAUUGACAUAUUCUUUUCUUCCAAUGGUUUGAGCUUUUCUAAGUUACGAGGACAAGCACUUGUUGCCGUAGCAAAGAAGAAUAUUGAUAUUGCCUCUUUCUUCACAACCACUAAUAGUGUGGUUAACCAUGUUGGAGCAUCUUGUAAGCGGCGUGAUGCACUUAGAGCACAACUUCAAGAAGAGCUUGUGAUAGCUUUUGAAAAUGAUUGUCUUAUAACGGGGCGAGGUUUGCAUCAAGAAACAAGUCUCAAACGUGCCGGUGACACACGAUGGAGCUCACAUUACGGUACCAUUAUUAGCAUCAUUUCUAUGUUUUCAUCUGUGAUUCAUGUGCUUCAAAUGAUUAUUGAUGAUAAUCCCAAUGAUAGUGCCGGUGAAGCAAAUAAGAUUCAAAGGGAAAUGCUUACUUUUCAGUUUGUGUUUCACCUAUUCUUAAUGAAAGCUAUAUUGGGACUCACAAAUGAUGUGUCACAAGCAUUGCAAAAGAAAGAUCAAGAAAUUGUAAAUGCAAUGGCUUUGGUGAAAUCAUGCAAAGAAAAGCUACAUUGGAUGAGGAAUAAUGGGUUUGAUGCAUUGGUUGAAGAGGUGUCUUCAUUUUGUGACAAACAUCAUAUUGAUGUUCCUAACAUGGAUGAUGCCUUCGUACUUCCAGGGAGGUCAAGGCGUAAUGCUCCAAUAAAGACAAAUCGUCAUCAUUAUCGUGUGGAGCUCUUUAUUUAUGUCAUUGAUAAGCAACUUAUGGAGUUAGAUGAUCGUUUUAAUGAGGUAAAUACUGAGUUGCUUAUUUGUUUGGCAUGUUUGAGUCCGAAUGAUUCAUUUGUAGCUUUUGAUAAACAAAAGCUACUUCGUCUUGCUCAAUUUUAUCCUCAAGACUUUUCGGAUGGGGAUCUUUUGGCACUUGAAGAUCAACUUGAACUUUAUAUUCAUUAUGUGUGUUCAAGUAGUGAUUUCUUUGACUUGCAAGGGAUUGGUGAUCUUGCAAAAAAAAUGGUGGAGACAAGGAUGCAUCGAGCAUUCAAUUAUGUGUAUUUGCUUAUUACAUUGGCUCUAGUUUUACCAGUUGCUACUGCUUCAGUUGAGAGGACAUUUUCCGUCAUGAAUAUUAUCAAAGGUCCACUUCGGAACAAAAUGGGAGAUCAAUGGUUGAGUGAUAGCUUACUUGUUUAUGUUGAGAAUGAUGUUUUUGAUUGUAUUGAAAAUGAAGCUAUAAUGCUUCGUUUUCAAAAUAUGAAACAUCGUCGUGGCCAAUUGUAA